CUAUGUCAUGAAAAAAAAUUUGAAAGGGAAAAAGAUGUGGGGUUAUGUUUCUGGAACUUUGGUUAAACCAACAAAUGACAAAGCAGAUUAUGCAACUUUGCUAGAAAAUUGGGAAGUGGAUAAUUCAAAAAUUAUUACUUGGAUAAACAACUCUGUAGAACACUCCAUAGGUACCCAACUAGCCAAGUAUGAAACAACGAAGGAAGUUUGGGACCAUCUUGCAAGGCUGUAUACUCAGUCUAACUUUGCAAAGCAAUAUCAAUUAGAAUCAGAUAUUAGAGCUCUUGAACAGAAAGAUAUGAGUAUUCAAGAGUUCUAUUCAGUUAUGACAGAUCUAUGGGAUCAAUUGGCCCUUACUGAAUCUGCAGAAUUACGAGCUUUUGCACCAUAUAUUGCUCGUAGGGAGGAACAACGAUUGGUUCACUUUUUUGAUGGCACUUCGUGAUGACUUUGAGGGACUCCGUGGCUCUAUUUUGCAUCGUUCUCCACUUCCUUCGGUUGAUUCAGUAGUUAGUGAACUAUUGGCAGAUGAAAUUCGUCUUAAGUCUCAAGCAGGAAAAGGCAUCCUCCCAGCACCC